ACUUCCUCACUCACACAUCAAUUUCCAGACCAGAGAAUUCAUUCAGCUUCAUAAGCCUCUCCAAUCCUAGCUAGUUUCAUCAUCUUCUUCGGCUCCGAUCUUCACCCACUAGCUACAUCGAGAUGACGGUGUCGGUAUGCCAUGUGAUGCCGGCGCUGCACAUGCCCAUGCCCAUGCCGGCGCCGCCGCCGCAGCUGGACAUGUGGAGUGCCAUCCAGACCAAUAUCGACGGCGGCGCCACCAAGCCCCUGCCAACGCCGGCCAAGGCCAGUUACCCGAUGCCGCCAAGGCGGUCCAUGAGCAACGAGAGCCUGGACCUCUGCACCGAGAGCCUCGGCUCCGAGACCGGCACCCACGGGGACUUCCUCGACCAGGCCGCCGUCAUGGCGUGCCUCUACCAAACAACCGAUGAUAGCUCCCCCGCCUUAGCCGACUCUUUCCCACCGCCGGCAUUGCGAGAAGAGGAGGAAGAGGUUCAGGAAGAGACCGCGGCCGGGGAGCUGACUGAGGUGCAGUACCACCGGGCGCGCCCGCAGCGGGCGUUCCCGCCGCCGCUGCCGUCCAUGUCGCGGCGCCGGGGCGACGACGCCGGGCCGUGCCUGCGGAUGCUCCCGCACCGCCGUGACGGGCGCCUCGUGGUGGAGGCCGUGGCCGUGAAGCCCCAGGGGUACCUGCACGCGCGGCGCCAAGGUGGGCGGCUCAGGCUCUGCUUCGUCGACUGCGCCUCCUCCUCUGCUCGUGAUGACCAGAAGCCGAGUGUUCUUGGUGUCGCGCAGCUGCAAGUGCAAGAACCAGAGCAAGAAGAGGUGAUGGAAGAGGAGGAAGACGAUGAGGAGGACGAGGUUGAGGUGGUGGACAGGGGCACGGUGGUGGAGGUGGUGGCCGCGUCCGGCAAGGCGCAGCGCUGCUCAAGGCUCGUCAUCAACAAGUUCGUCGGCGGGGCCCCGGCCACCGACGACGGCAAGUCCAGAGCCCCUCAUUCUGACGAUGAAGCUGCUCCGCCGGCGCCGGGCCUGCGUCGUGUGCCGUCAUCCACGACCACGCUGGCUGCCGCGGUGGCCGCCGCGUCCACGGGCAUGGAGGCCGACGAGUACGAUGAAGAAGCUGACAACGGCGGGCAGCACGGUGAGCAGAGCGCGACGAUGCUGCUCUUCACGUCCCGGGUGGGGGACAGGGAGGAGCUGGUGCAGAGCGUGCGGCGGUGCCGGCAGCUCCGGCAGAGGCCGCUCUUCAUCGUCGAGCCAUACACCAUCAUCGCCACCUGAUCCAUUCAAUCAGCACGAUGCCUCCAUUAAAUCAGCAACCGAGAUUGCAAAUUUUCUACUAUCUAGUAUGCAAUGUACUAUUAGUUGUAACCUGAUCUGUGUGCCAGCACGCGCGUUGACAUGAGUAUAUAAUCUGUUAUCGCUGCAUUUUCGUCA